UGUACAGUAUAGAUUGCCUGGAUGUGGGUUCGAUAGUUCCGACAGAAUUACAGAUUGUGUUCAGUCUCUUGUAAGACAUCCAAAAGGACCUGUAAGUUAUGACACAUGGAGAAAUGACGUCACACAAAUGUGCAAUACUUUGUCGACAAUGUAUUAUCCUACGAACACCAGAGGAGUAUUCAAAAUCAAAGACCCGAUAGGAUCUAUUUGGAGUGGAAUAGCUGUUAAUGUGGCCGUUGAUGGCAAGCGUUAUAAGAUUUUCUAUGGUUGUCCAAAGAUGCCAGCAAUAGACGAUCGAUGUGAUGACCCUUUUUUAAAUAUAUACACAAGAAUGCCAAAACCUGACCCUUUGACACUUGCAGAAAUUGACUCCAUAUUGAGAAAAGCGUUCGGAUUCUCACUUGCAAGUCUGCCUAGAACAUUCCAUGGAAGGCGAUUUGUAUGGGGCGUUGCUGUCGACUUUAAACGUUAUAAGAUAAAGAUAAGAUAA